AUGGCCACCAUAUCCAUCAUCUCUCUCAUGGUGGCUUUGGAUGCCACCAUAUUAGUCCCGGUGCUACCUGAGCUGGCUCACGACCUAGACGGAUCCGCCACCGACGCUUUCUGGGCCGGCACCUCAUACCUUCUAAGUUGUGCCGUCUUCCAGCCUUUGAUCGGUGCCCUCUCCGAUAUUUUCGGUCGCAAAGAGCUCCUUCUUGUCUCCCUUUUCUUCUUCACCCUCGGUACCCUGAUCUGCGCCCCCAUUGCCCAUGACUUCACUGCCAUGCUGGCCGGACGGUCGCUGCAGGGCAUUGGUGGCGGCGGCAUCAUCACUAUGGGUCAGAUCAUCUUCGCGGACAUUGUCCCACUGAGAUUGAGGCCCAAGUAUUUCACUUUCGUGCUCGGCGCCUGGGCUCUUGGGAGCGUACUGGGUCCUUUGAUUGGCGGGCUGUUUGGGCAACGCGCAACAUGGAGGUGGUGCUUCUAUAUCAAUGUGAGUAAUGAUUCUCUUUUUUGA